AUGCAAACUAGAACAUUAACAAAGUUUUCCUUUAAAAAUGGAACUAGAAAAAGCGUUAAAAGUGUAGUAAAUAGAUUUUUUAGAUUACAUUGGGGAAUAUGGAUUCGAACUAUAGCUGGAAGGCAUAAAAAACUCUGGAAAAAAUCAAAUAGACGAAAAAUCAAACUUCAACAACAUGUAUUUUGUAAUAGACACAAUAGCAAAAUGCUAGAUAUAAUGGUAACAAAAUUUUGGAGGAAACCAAAAUAUUAUAUUGAUGAUCCUUAUUCGUUCUAUCAUACACGUAAUGAAUAUUCUCUCACACGAAGAAAACCAUGGAGGCCAGAAAAUUGUGAUUAUGAAUGA